AGGUUUGGAAACAUUUUUUAGAAGGGAAUCCUAUCGAACUCAGUACUGACCUCAGUUUUACUCAUAGCACUGCUUAACAGUUCACCGUUGGAAAUAAUGUUACAGUGGAGUUUUAAAGUACUGAAGGAGAGGCAUUUACUCUGGACAGUGUUCUGUGCUUUGAGCCUGCUGGCUGCUGGUGAUGGAGCCAUAUCAACUACUGCACCAACUUCAGAGAGUCCUUCUGCAGUAAUACCCAGCAAUACAACACAGCCAUUGACAACCAACAGUACCACAGAAAUGCCACCUGGGAACGUCUCCAUCUCAACUACUAAAUCAACAGAUCAAAUAUUUUCAACUGAGGCAACAAAUGGUACAAAUGUCACCAGCCCUGAAACACUCACCACAAAACCCACUUCAAAUACAACAGUGCAAGCAUCCCCAACACAGGGCAGUUCCAGAAAUGAAACAAUUCAAAACACAACUUCAACACCACUUCUGACAUCUACUUCUACAGAACUGCCAAAACAUACUUUUUCAAAUAUCUCUACCGCAACUGAAGCUGGUGACAGUAGAGCGAUGGUUAACAUCACUUGCCUCAAUAUCAAGAACGUUAAGACCACUGAAGUGAUAUGCUUGGAAAUCAAUGAGGAAUACUCUUGUCACCAGUUCCAAAAAGAAAAAGGAAUGGGUCUAAGAAAUGUGGUUUGUGAAGAGAACCCAUCUCAAUGUCAUAUCAAACUGUCAGAAUCAGAAGUGAAGCGCAACUGCAUACUGCUGGUUGCGGCAGCUAAUAAAGGUCCAAGUGCAUUAGAAACGGUUCUUCACCAGAAGGCAGCGUUUUUGGAACAGAUAGGGAUAAAGCCCCACAAACAGGAGGACAUUUCGAGUCACAAGGACUAUUCCCGGAAGACACUUAUUGCCUUGGUCACCUCUGGUUUGCUGCUGGCAUUUCUGGGAUUGGCUGCAUACUUCCUUAUGAAACGACAGAGCUGGAGCCCCAUGGGAGAGAGGCUGGGUGAAGAUCUAUAUUACACAGAAAAUGAUAACCAUGGCAACACUGUGGUUUCUGUGGCUUCUCAUGAACCGUCUGACCUGCAGGAUAAACCAAACUUCAAUGGAGGGGCUCGGGAAAAUGGGACUGGUCAACCAACCUCAAAAAAUGGACAUUCAACCAAGCCCCAUGUUGUGGCUGACACUGAACUGUGAAAAGGAUAUGGCCAAAAGCCUUAUUAACGUGGCUUGAAAGACCAGAGUGGAAAUAUAGAGGAGCUAGAGUGCAAGGGUGCCAUAAAUGGAAUCAUAAUCAUUUUAUCUUUUACAAAGAAUUCAAAAAUCCCAUUCCAAAGCAUACAUUUUUAACAAGCUGCCACAGGACUUAGUGGUGCGCACAAGCUUUUGUUUGCUUAGCAAGCUGCUUCAAUGGGAUUUGGCUUGUUCAUAGUAUCUUUUUUUGCUCUCUCUCAGACCAAAAUAAGAUGUGACUGUCCCUUACAGCCAUCUAUCUAGGGAAAGGACAGGGGUGCUUCUCUAGAAAUUUAGAGUAGAUUUAUCAUUGUUAGGAAUCUCCUUUUCAGCUCCAGUGCUGAUUAGGGGGAGGAAGGAUCUCUUCACAGUGAGAAUAAAUAAAAAUAAAUGUUAAUGAACAAUAAGGCAUUUUACCACCUAGGUCAGCAAUUCUGAGUACUGAUUCACAUGAUGACCCUUUUCUCAUGGUAAAGUCAACAUAAGAGAACCGAUAUUGUGAAUGCUCAAACACAUGGCUGUAUUUUGCCUCAACCUAGCUCAACCCACAUUUAAUUUUUUUCACGAUACAAAAAAUUGCCAUUUGGAUGCUCUAUUUAUUGGUCCAAGUCACUAUACUAAAUCAAUGAAAAGGCAACCUGAGAGUUAAAACAAAUUGUGUGCAUCAAACCUCAGGAAACCCACUAACAUUGUUACUUCUUUGGUAGAUAUCAUUUGUCAUUCCCACAUCUAGACCCAGCUCAGGCAUCUCACUCCAGCCUUUCUACUAUGUGAUGCAAUGCCCUUAACACACACUGACAAGAACUCAGCAGCCGAUCCCACAAGCCUUCUCAAGUACCAUUUGGCAAUCACCAAACAACAUAAGACGACUGGGCGUAUAAGACAACCCCCAACUUUUCCAGUUAAAAUAUAGAGUUUGGGAUAUACUCACUGUAUAAGAAAUACGACCCGGCGUGUAAGACGACCCCUGACUUUUGAGAAGAUUUUCCUGGGCUAAAAAGUAGUCUUAUACGCAGGAAUAUACUGUAAACUUAAUGGGGCUUAAUUCUAAGAAAACUUGUAUAUGACUUGUGUUGUAAAUGAAGUAAACUGACUGUUUGGAGCUUUUGAACCCUAUUUCCAAACAAACAAACAAACAAACAAACAAGAGUAUGUUUGUAAAUGUAAAUCUUUGCCUUAAUCACAUCUGGUGUCUCACUUUUUGUAUAUUUGUUUUGCUCUAUAUAUUUCCCUUUCCCCCCCCCCAAAAAAAAAGAAUACUAGGAAGCUGUUUCCUUAUGUUGUGCUUUAUUAUUCCUAUUCCCCAAGUUAAAUGCCAUUCUGGGGUUUGUUGACUCUGUAUUAUUAUUUUUGUAUGUUGUACAAUGCAGUACAAAAUAUGAAUAGGCUUUGAAAUGAAUUACCUUUUCUUCCCCCAA